AUGGAAGUCCAACUCUACGUCUACGACCUCACUCGUGGGAUGGCAAAGGCCAUGUCGCAACAACUUCUCGGAAUCCACAUCGAGGCCGUCUAUCACACCUCGCUGGUCUUCGACGGGAUAGAAUACUUCUUCGGAGCAGGAAUUCAAACAUGCUACGCAGGCACAACUCACCAUGGGAAGCCCAUAGAAGUCGUACCCAUGGGAACCACCCAGCUGCCUAUGGAAACAAUCCUUGAUUAUCUGGAAAGCUUGAAAGAAAUCUACACGCCUGAAAGCUACGAUUUGUUUGCUCACAACUGCAACAACUUUACAAACGACUUUGCCAUGUUUCUCGUUGGUAGAGGAAUACCGGAGCAUAUAAAGAGUCUCCCCCGACGAGUUCUCGAUACGCCGUUUGGGCAAAUGCUCAAGCCGCAAAUCGAUGCCAGCAUGCGAUCUAUCACUCAGGCUGAAGUUCCCGUCGAGAAUAGACCUCAGGCUUCCGGAAGUGGCACAUCGAGUGCUGCAGCAAGAUCAAAGCAGGUGCCACCCGCGACGAAUGGAGAAAGUCUAGCACCAUCACUGAGAUAUGGCAAAGUCGUAAACCCCUUGAGCCUGAACGCCGUCCAGGAAUACUUGGCAGAAGCAUCGGAUGCUGUCGUGACCAUCUUCUUCACAUCAGCAACAUGCGCGCCUUGCAAAUUGGCUUACCCCAUGUUCGACAACCUUGCGGAACAACACCCAAACGCUCUAUUUGCCAAAGUCGAUAUUAGCGAGGCCCAAGACGUCGCGAUGCGGUAUCAGAUCAGAGCUACACCUACCUUCAUAACCUUUUCGAAGGGAGCGAAGCAAGACGAAUGGAGUGGCGCCGACCCUCAGCUGCUUAAGGUGAACGUCGAGCGGGUGAUUAACGAGACAUUCCCUCCUCAUCGACAUCUCACACUCAAAGUACCAACCCUGCAGUUUGGAUCCAUGCGACCAAUUACUUACGCCAAAGUACCGCCGUUGGACAAAUUGACGACAAAAUUGGGAAACGCUGCCAGUCAACCAGAAUUUGCCGAACUUCGGACGUUCGUGGAGAAGCGUAGCGACAGUCCCAAGGACGCCCCGGUGCCCGACCUCCACAAGAUCUCAGGCACGUUUACAUCCUCGGUGUUGUCCUUGCCUGUGGAGAUUCGAUUUGCUGCCGUCGACUUGCUGAGAUGUGCCAUGAUCGAUCCCCGAGUCAGUGGAUACUUCGCUGAGGAAAACAAGCCCAAGACCAUCCCCGCCCUCGUCAACCACGUCAACAAUCUCAAAGACUGCCCUCACAAUCUUCGACUGGUAACGAUCCACCUAGCAUGCAACGUCUUCGCAUCGCCGCUGUUUGUGCGAGAGCUAUUGACUGCCGAGGACGACUCAAUAGCGCAGCUGAUUCAACUGAUAACUUCGUCUUUGUUGGACGCAACACAUCCAACCGCCCGAAUCGCAGCAGCAUCUCUGGCAUUCAAUCUGGCAACAUCCAAUUACCGGACUCGCCGAGAAGAAGGGCAGGAUGCUCUAGCUGAGGCUGAGCAGGUGGAACUUGCAGCAUCAUUACUGGAGACUUUGUCUGAAGAAGAGAACCCGGAUGCUACGAAGGCUCUUCUGCUUGCCCUGGGAUAUCUCGUUUAUUGCGCCCCUGAAGGUGGAGAGCUGUUCGACCUUUGUGCAGCGUUGGAUGCCAAGGGAAAGGUAGAGGCAUGCAAAGUAGAGGGAGGUAUCGCAAAGGAAGUUGCGAGUCUGUUGUCGUAG